GGGUGGACUACACUGUUGUCUUCGCAAACUUUUUCUGAGGGCUCGAAAGGCACGACGGCCAACAACAUUACACCAACAAUCUUGACCCAAAUAGAUUUCCAAGAUAGCCUCUAGGGCUUUGGGAUACUAUGUUUGACUUCGACGAUGAUGCCUCAAGGCAUGAGAAAUGCUACACGACCUUGACCCAGUUACCUGCCUCUAUUGACCCCAAUCAACCGCCCAAAAAGAGGUCCCCGUUCUCCACUAUUCUGGGCCAUCCGUUUAUACAUACGACAGAGGUCAUUCUCCCAGAGGAAGUCUACUCCUCCGUCCAGAGCGCACUUGAAUUAAAGCUACAGAAGCUUCGAUAUGGACGGGUGUUCAUGUCUCUUUCUUCCCUACUUGAGGGGGAAUUCUUUAAUGCAUACAUCAAGUCAGGGAAUAUCCUAAUGGUCUCCGAGGGGCGAUCUGGCUUGGACAAUGUAUUCACUCUAAAAGAUGGGAUCUUGAGACUCGAACUCGGCAAGGAGGUCUUUGAGCGCACAGGACUCACAGGCAAACCUAUUCGCAGUGGAGCUAGAAAGCACGCAAAGGAAAGAUAUGGUGUGGAGCUCAACCUACGUCUGCCAUCUAUGCUCCACGGAAAGAAAGGUUUUGAGCGAAUAGUAUGGGCGUUCAAGAACGUCCUCAACCAUUCCGUAGCCUGGCUAUUCUACGACCUGGCGCCGUCAGCAAACGGCAUCUCCCAAGACGAUACUUCCCUGAAAGGAAACCACCCACACAUCAUCGACUGCCAGCCCACAAAGACCGCCCACAGCAACGUCCUCGUCCCGCCCUUCGACGGGCUCAACCCCGCAGCACAAGCCCCAGAAGAAGACCUACGCGACCACUUAGAAGAGCUUUCCGAGUGGCUCGCAAUGGUAUCACUUGGCUCCCCGCGGGUGCAGAAAGACGACGAAGUAGACCCAUACCUCUGCCGGUACAGCGUACCUCGCGCAGACGAAGCGAGUGCGUCGAACCUCGUCAGCCUGAAAUGGCACGGGUUUAUUCCUCCGGCGUGGAUUAUGCAGCUGUUUGUGCUUCUGUUAAGGGAGACCUCCUCCUCGGCACAGGGUUGGUUUGCGCUUUCGUCGAGUGCGCUGGGAAGGACGGCAGUGGAGGCGAAGGAUGGGUAUAGUGUAUUGGUCUUGCCGUCUGUAUCUAGCUCUCAAAUGGGUGGAGAACAAGUGGCAGAUGAGACGUCCAAGGAUGGCCGACGGUCUAUUUGUUGGGAGUUUGUUGGCGCAUCGGUUUUGGGGAUUUGAUUGUCUCGCGCCGAACAAACGUGGUAGAUUAUGGACAUUGUCGGAUGGCGUUGAAUGAACUCUUAUAGAUAUUAGGUUUGAGUUAUCUGGAUGAGAUCG